AUGGCUGUUUCAGGGCAACCGGGCCAGCCGUCAAGGCCCUCGCAACUCAAGUUCAUCAGGCCUGCCCAGAUGAGCUUGUUCGCUAGAGUGACCUGCUAUCCGCCUCUGGGGGAAGUGACUUGCGUCAAAAGGCUCCAAAAGGCUCGCAAUUCCAGUGAAGAUGACAAGCUCCGCUUCACCGUCAUCCUCUCCUCAAGUGUCUCGUUCCCCGAGCAGGAUUGGGAAGUGCACAUUUGGCACAACAUUGGCAACUCCUCCUGGAGUGCUCUACCGCUGAAGAAAUGUCCUCCGUCUCAAAACCCUACCGUCAUAGGCAGUGAUGCAGAACAGAAUUUCUUUCACUAUACCUUCUCAGAAGAAAUAGUCCUGCCGUCUUCGGCAGGACAUGCAAAUUUCACUGUUCGCUACAGGACAGGUCCCGACGCCCAGUGGCAGUGGGCAAACCAACGCCGCUUUGUGAAGGACGGGGAGCUUAUAUUUGGUCCAAGGGGCCGACAAUUGUUGCCCCCUGCACCAGAAUCUUCUCCAAGGAAAGGACUGGGUGAAUAUAUUCAGAACCUCCCGAAUGAAAUCGACAUUCAAUCCCGGAAAAGUGAAUCCCCAGAUGCUCAUCUAUGGAGUAUUACGGGCGACGUGCCCGCCGCUCAGGAGCGAGAAUCGGGACUUAAAAAGCUGACGCUUGGAUCGCCAUCAUCAUAUCUGCGUUACUUCGCUUUGGUACGUGUCUGGAGUCCAUGGCUAGCUCCAAGACACGGAAAGAAAGAUUUCAGAUUGACCGAAGAUGCCGUCUUGUGUUCCUUCCUGCGGUCAGAUGGGCUAAAUCUAGUGCUUCUAGCUAUAUCAGGAGUCAACGAUGUCCUGACAGUUUUCCAGUCAGGCGAAAAGGGCGAGGUGGUGAUAGCGGCCAGAAAUGACAAUCCGGGUUCUUCAAAGUUCCAGGUUUUGGCGUCCGUUGCCGAAAACUUCGAGGUGGCCAUUUGUGCCCUGAUAUACGAGGCUCGCAAAAUAGUCAGAGAGGCUGGCGGUGGUGUGGCUAUUCCAAUCGUUUCAGACAGCCCCCCGCCAGACUCUCCGGUAUCCGAUGAUAUCGUGGUGGUUGAGAAAGAUGCAAGGGCCCAGUGGCUGGCUGAUUGGUACGACGGCCUCACUUACUGCACCUGGAAUGGGUUAGGACAGAACUUGACAGAGGACAAGAUUCUCGAUGCUCUUGACACUUUGAAGGAUCAUGGGAUCAACAUCGUGAACCUCAUCCUCGACGACAGCUGGCAGUCCUUAGAUAAUGAGGAAGAAUCUCAGUUUCGGCGCGGCUGGCUGUCCUUUGAAGCCAACCCGGAAGGGUUCCCAUCAGGAUUAAGACACACUGCAGAGUUGAUCCGGCAGAGACAUCCCAAUGUCGAACAUAUCGCCGUCUGGCAUGCGUUGAUGGGGUACUGGGGUGGGAUUUCACCGAGCGGUGAAAUCGCAAAGAAGUACCGGACAAAGGAAGUCACCCUGAAAGACCCUGUGGCCGGUGGCAAUAUAUUGGCUAUCGAUCCGGACGAUAUCCGACGUUUUUAUGAGGAUUUUUACUCCUUUCUCACUUCAGCCGGCAUUGAUGCCGUCAAGACGGACGCUCAAUUCUACCUCGAUUUGCUGGAAAACCCCGAAGAUCGCAGGCAAUUCACGACUGCCUACCAAGAUGCCUGGUCCAUUGCUUCGUUGCGAUAUUUCAGCACUCGGGCGAUCUCGUGCAUGUCUAUGGCGCCGCAACUCAUCUUCCAUUCUCAGAUGCCAACCAACAAGCCCAGCAUCCUUUUGCGGAACUCGGACGAUUACUUUCCAGAUGUCCCGGACUCCCACCCAUGGCAUGUCUUUUGUAAUGCACACAAUGCAUUAUUGACCAGGCAUUUGAACGUUAUCCCUGAUUGGGACAUGUUCCAAACCGACCACACUUAUGCGGCUUUCCAUGCUGCCGCGCGAUGUGUCUCGGGCGGCCCCAUCUAUAUCACUGACGAGCCCGGCAAGCACGAUAUAGAGUUGAUCAAUCAGAUCACCGCACCCACGACGCGAGGCAAUACUGUGAUUCUCCGGCCCAGUGUCUUAGGGCGCACAACGGACGUCUACCAUGACUAUAAUGAAGGGAACAUGCUCCGAAUCGGUACGUAUACAGGAUGGGCAAGAACUGGAAGUGGCAUUCUGGGACUCUUCAACAUCAGUCCCGCCGAUGUUUCCUCUAUCAUCCCACUGACCGCCUUCCCUGGCGUUUCCACCGAGUCCGAUGACCGAUACAUCAUCCGUUCCCAUAGCACGGGGGAAGUAACGGAGCUGAUGCGGCCAAUGGGUCAAAAUUCUCUCGUUGCAGUUUCCCUGGAACCGAAAGGUUGGGAAAUCCUGACAGCCUUCCCGAUCCGUUCUUUUACCUUGGAAGGAAGCCGGGGCUGCUCUUCUACCUCGACUCUCACGCACGUUGCGGUCCUCGGUCUUCUCGGAAAGAUGACCGGCGUGGCCGCCGUGGUGAGCUCCGACAUCUACGUCGUCGACAACGGCCGGCUUCGAUUCGACAUCAAUCUCAAGGCGUUAGGGGUCCUGGGGAUCUAUUUCUCUGAUCUGCACCGGAAAUCGAUCGACCAGAAUGUGAUGAUCCUGAUAUCGGGACAGCCUAUCCCCAGGAACACUGUUUGGAAAGACGGAGGAGAUCAGUCUAAAGUCCUUGCGGUCGACGUCCUGAGAGCGUGGAAAGCUCUGGGGCUGGACAGUGGAUGGAGCAAUGAGGUUGCUGUCCAGAUAUUUGUGAGCUGA